AUGAAGAGGAACAUGAAUGGAUACUAUGUUUGUGUUCCACUGUUUGUGUGCUUGGUGUUAGCUAUUGAACUUGUUCUAGCAGCGGAUUUUAAGCCUACGGAUAAAAUCCUGCUGAGUUGUGGAGGUCCUGCUGUUAGUACUGAUCCUGAUGGCCGUGAAUGGACCACUGAUAAUGGUUCCAAGUUUGGUUCUUCAACUGGUAAAUCGAACCCGGCACAGGCUGCAACUCAAGAUCCUUCUGUUCCUCAGAUUCCCUUCAUGACAGCGCGUGUUUUCCAAUCGGCUUAUACCUACAGUUUUCCGGUGGCUUCUGGUUGGAAGUUCCUCCGGUUGUACUUUUAUCCGGCUUCUUAUAACAGCCUCAAUAUAUCUGAUGCACGGUUUGGCGUGACAGCACAAUCGUAUACCGUGCUUAGGAAUUUCAGUGUUUUUGAGACUAUUUUGGGUUUGAAUUUUCAAUAUAUUGUGAAGGAAUAUGCAAUUCAUGUUGAUGAAGGAACCUUGAAUGUGACUUUUACUCCAUCUGCAAAUGCAUCUAAAGCCUAUGCAUUUGUUAAUGGGAUUGAGGUUGUGUCCAUGCCUGAUAUUUAUACUUCUCCUGAUGGAACAACACUGAUGGUUGGUACAGGUACUAGCUUCCCAAUUGACAACAGCACUGCACUUGAGAAUGUUUAUAGGUUAAACGUGGGUGGGAAUGAUAUCUCACCCUCCCACGAUACCGGCAUGUUUAGGUCGUGGAACGAUGAUGUGCUUUACAUCUAUGGGGCCGGACUUGGAGUUACCGAGAUUGCGGAUUCAGCAGUGAAGAUUGAGUAUCCUCCGGGCACACCGAGUUAUAUUGCUCCGACUGAUGUCUACUCGACGGCCAGAUCGAUGGGUCCGAAUCCCAAUAUCAAUUUGAAUUACAACUUGACUUGGAUUUUCUCAAUUGAUUCUGGGUUUUCCUAUCUUGUGAGACUUCAUUUUUGUGAAGGCACGACGAAUAUAACCAAGAUUAAUCAAAGGGUAUUUAAUAUAUUCCUUGCUAAUCAAACUGCUGAGGAUGGGGCUGAUGUUAUUGGCUGGGCAAAUAGUUAUAGCCUUCCACAUUCAAAUGGGGUUCCGGUGCAUAAAGAUUAUGUUGUAUUUGUUCCCAAUGGGCCGCCACGACAGGACCUUUGGCUUGCACUGCAUCCAGAUAAAUCUGAUAAGCCAAAUUACUACGACGCAAUCUUGAAUGGAAUAGAGAUAUUCAAAAUCAGUGAUAGUAAAGGUAAUCUGGCAGGGACAAACCCUCCUCCUCUUGUGGUGCAAGAAAAAAUUGACGCCUCAUUGGCGAGGCAAUCUAGUCACGGUAAAUCUAAGAAUCAUAUAGGAAUCAUUGCUGGAGGUGUUGUUGGAGGAUUUGUUUUGUUACUUGUGAUUGGUCUAUUUGCUCUUAGCAAAUCCCGAAGACGCAGGAGUGGAAAAGAUUCUAGUACAACUGAAGGGCCGUCUGGCUGGCUUCCACUUUCUCUUUACGGUAAUUCACACUCAGCAGCUUCUGCCAAGACCAACACGACAGGAAGUUAUGCAUCCUCUCUUCCGGCUAAUCUUUGUCGCCAUUUCUCAUUUGCUGAAAUCAAGGCUGCUACAAACAACUUCGACGAGGCUUUGAUUCUUGGUGUGGGAGGGUUUGGCAAGGUUUACAAAGGAGAAAUUGACGGUGGGUCAACGAAAGUUGCAAUUAAACGUGGGAAUCCACUUUCCGAGCAGGGUGUGCACGAAUUCCAAACUGAAAUUGAAAUGCUCUCCAAACUUCGUCACCGUCACCUUGUUUCACUGAUCGGAUACUGUGAAGAGAACACCGAAAUGAUCCUUGUCUAUGAUCACAUGGCCUAUGGAACACUCAGGGAGCAUCUAUACAAGACCCAGAAACCUCCACUUCCAUGGAAGCAAAGGCUUGAGAUAUGCAUCGGAGCUGCUCGCGGUUUACACUAUCUUCACACCGGUGCAAAACAUACCAUCAUUCACCGUGAUGUGAAGACAACAAACAUUUUACUAGAUGAGAAAUGGGUGGCCAAGGUUUCUGAUUUCGGUUUGUCGAAAACAGGUCCUACAUUGGAUAAUACUCAUGUAAGUACUGUGGUAAAAGGUAGUUUUGGUUACUUGGAUCCAGAAUACUUCAGGAGGCAACAACUUACCGACAAAUCCGACGUGUACUCAUUUGGUGUGGUUCUAUUUGAGAUACUCUGUGCUCGCCCGGCUUUGAACCCAACACUUGCUAAGGAGCAAGUCAGUCUAGCUGAGUGGGCAUAUCAUUGCUACAAAAAAGGCAUCCUUGAUCAAAUAACAGAUCCUUAUCUAAAGGGCAAGAUAGCUCCAGAAUGUUUCAAGAAGUUCGCCGAGACCGCGAUGAAGUGUGUGAACGACCAAGGCAUUGAAAGGCCAUCCAUGGGCGAUGUGCUAUGGAACCUGGAAUUUGCUUUGCAGUUGCAAGAAAGCGCGGAGGAGAGUGGCAGCGGUUUUGGCGGAAUAUGCGGUGAAGACGAGCCAUUGUUUACAGAUUCAAAAGGAAAGAAGGACAUGGAUGCGAUGCCGGGUUAUGAUGGUAAUGUGACUGACUCCAAAAGCAGUGGCAUGUCUAUGAGCAUUGGUGGGAGAAGCUUGGCUAGUGAAGAUUCUGAUGGGUUAACUCCUAGUGCUGUGUUUUCACAGAUCAUGAAUCCAAAAGGACGUUGA